AUGGGCCCGUCGCGGCCUCCGCUGACGUUUGCCCUGUGUGUGUUGCCGGUGAAUCCGCUGCUGCUACCUUUCUUCCGCCUCCACCACAGCCCCUCCUACUUCAUACAGUGUCUAAGUAAUGCGAGGGAAGAGCUGCACUCCGGUGAUCUUCUUUUCCCCUCUCGGGCGCCAUCGAACCGCGCAUUCGACUGCUUUUCCAGAAGCGGUGGCUCGGUUCCACGGUCGGCUGCGGGAACUCAUGUCCACACCACAAUGAGCGGCCCUCCGUCGAAUUCAACGUCCUCAGCCGUUAUUGGUUAA